AUGAAGACCUUCGCCGCUGCAACCGCUGCCAUCAUCGGCCUUGCAUCCUUCGGAUCAGCUCAUAUGGAGAUGAAGGACCCUCCUCCAUUCCGCUCCAAGUUUAACAAGUUCACCACCGACAUUGACUACAGCAUGACCUCGCCCCUCUCGGCCAGCGGCUCCGACUUUCCUUGCAAGGGAUACCAUAAGCUCGCUGGCACUCCUCAGGGCCAGUCGGUCGUCACUUGGACCCCAGGCCAGUCUUACAAGAUGACCAUCACCGGCGGCACUCCCCACAAUGGAGGCAGUUGCCAAGCCUCUCUGUCCUUUGACGGCGGCAACAGCUGGAAAGUCAUACAUUCUUACAUUGGUAACUGCCCUGUCAUGGGUGACUCGAGCUACAACUUUGCUCUGCCCAACGAUACCCCGGCCGGUAAGGCCCUCUUCGCCUGGUCCUGGUUCAACCAGGUUGGCAACCGCGAGAUGUACAUGAACUGCGCUGCGGUUACCAUCGCGGGACGUAACAGCGCGAAGAUUCGCAAGGCCCGUGGUGUUUCCGACUCCAUCAGCAGCCGCCCUGCCAUGUUUGUUGCCAACGUUGGCAAUGGGUGCUCGACCGUCGAGGGCAAGGACUUGCUGUUCCCCAAGCCUGGUCCCGAUGUCAAUGUGAACUCGCAGAAGACUGCUGGUCCCGUUGGAAACUGCGCCAAGUAG